GGGUUCUCUCUCAAGCCGUUCCUGCUUCUAACAAACACAAACUCGGAGCAGACAGGAUCGAACCCAAGGUGAAAGCUUAGAGCGAAUUGACAAUGGUGGUAACCAUCUCAUCUCCAUGGGGCAAGCCUAGCGCCUGGGCGCUCAACGCUGAAGAACAUGAAGCCGAACUCCAACAGUUGAAGAACCAACCAAACCCCGCCCUUCCCACCAAGCAGCUCACGGGGGAAUCUGGGUUUGAGAAAAACCUAGAUCUGGAGGUAUCGAGUGCGCCGGUGUUGUGCUCGUUGUUGUCGACGACGACGAUCUCAUUUGCUUCUCGGUUGUUUGAGAAAACCCAAGGCUUGGGUUUGCAGAGGCUACCAACUUCUACAAACCCAGAUGACAUGUCUCCAUAUCAGAUGGUAACAAGAAGGUUGCUUGAUUAUCCAUUUUUGAGGGCAUUUGGAUAUUGGGCACUCUUUGCAAACAUUGAAAAGGAAAAUAAUUGCUCCAAGUUCUCUGUGACUUGUCAAGAUUCAAAACCAGCUUCAUUUCAUGAAGCAAUGCAACAGCCAUGGUGGAUUGAUGCUAUGAAUGAAGAACUUCAGGCACUACUUCAACAUGGCACAUGGGAGUUGGUUCCUAGACCUAAGAAGAAAAAUGUAAUUGGGUGCAAAUGGGUUUAUAAAAUUAAACACAAGUUUGAUGGUACAAUUAAAAGAUUCAAGGCUUGUUUGGUAGCUAAAGGCUACAAUCAACAAUAUGGAUUGGACUAUGAAGAAACUUUCAGUUUAGUUGUAAAAAUAGGGAAUGUGAGACUAGUUUUGGCCAUGGCAAAUUACUAUGAAUGGCCACUUCAUCAAUUAGAUGUGAAAAAUGCCUUCUUACAUGAAGAACUACAAGAAGAAGUGUAUAUGGAGCAACCUCCAAGGAGUAAAUCAGCUAACUACUUGUUCCUUAGGAAAGAAGGUAUAAUAUUAGUCAUGAUUGAACACUCAUCACAUGAAAUGAAAGUAACUCAACAAAAGUAUGCUCUUGAUCUUUUGAAAAGAUUUGGCUUAGAUAAUUGUAAGCCGGCACCAACACCAGUGGCUCUUGGUAGUAAAUUGUCUCAAAAGGAAAGCACUCUUGUAAAGCAUCCUGAGCGAUAUAGAAGUCUUGUGGGAACUUUGCAAUACUUGACCUUUACUCAACCAGAUAUCACAUAUGUAGUAAAUCAAGUAUGUCAAUUCAUGCAUGAUCCACAAGAGGCACAUCUUCAAGUUGCAAAAAGGAUUUUAGGGUAUAUCAAAGGUACACUACAUAAUGGCUUGUUCUUUUCAGCUCACAAGACAAAAGUUGAUCUGGUUGCUUUCUCAGAUGCUGAUUGGGGAGGAGAUCCAGAUUCUAGAAAAUCCAUUUUUGGUUUUUGUGUCUUCUUUACUGGUUCCCCCAUUUCAUUGAGUAGCAAGAAACAACGAAAGGUGUCUAGAUCUAGCACAAAAGCUGAAUACAAGGCCGUGUCAGAUGCAACUGCUGAACUUGCCUUUGCUUGUGAUAAUCAAAGUGCCAUGAAGCUUGCUUUAAAUCCCGUUUUUCAUGUAAGGAGCAAACAUUUUGAGUUGGAUUGCCACUUCAUUCGAGAAAAGGUAGAAGAUAAAGAAAUUCAUUUGAGGUUUGUCCCUUCAACUAAGCAACUAGCAGAUAUCUUCACUAAAGAGAUGGAGCAAGGAGAUCAGGCUACUUUGCUGCUUUUGUUUGAUGGAGGAGAUGAGGUGGUGAUUGGCAAGAUGCCGACAGAGGUGGAACAGGGACAUCUGGCUACUUUGUUGUUGUUGUUCGGUGGAGGAGAUGAGGCGGUGACUAGUGAGAUGCCAAUAGAGGUGGAGUAGGGAUAAGGGAGAGGGAUGUUCGUUUUGUUUUUGACCUUUUUGACCUUCUGAUUAGGGUUUUUUAAUCUAAUUUUAGUUUAAAGUUAAGUUUUUUAAUGUAAUAACAUUAAAAAGAUAGGAUAAAA